AAAAAACAGCACUUGGCAAAAUACCGCAUGGGGCGGCAUUUAGAUUAAUUUGCCGGUUGUAGCUUGCAAGCAACAUUUUCAUAAAAAUUGAUUAAAGUAGGCUUAAAAUUGUAUUCGAACACAAGUCAACUGAAGACCUUUGGUUUCCCUAGUUGUUUCGUACAGUCGGAAAUUCCGAUUUCACACAAGAGUCUACAUUUCCUACUUUUUCAAAAGUUUCCACCGAAAACAUUCAACAACAAACUUCGUCCCUAACAAUACAAGGCAAAGUAAAAUGACGACACAAGAUGCUCUAAUGCUGAAUCCCAAUGUCAUCGUCCCGCUGAACUUGCCGCAAGCCAGGAGGAGAAGGAAGGUGCUUCGCCGCCUGCUAGAGAACAAGCGGACGGAACAAAAGGUGGGCCAUUUCCAUGUCGCAUUUGGUGGCGACCAAAAGAAGCCAUUGUUGAAAUGGGCAUACCUCGCCAUCGCUAUCGUCGCAGCAGUUAGCCUGGCGCUGAAGGUCACCGGCAACAUGACCACGGUGAGUGAAUUCCUGAAAAGCUACAAAAACCAGUACCACUCGAUCGUGCACAACCAGGACAACUACUGCAAUCCCGCUCAGCGGCUGGGCGACAUGGUCCUACACGCCCGCCACCAGGUACUCAACCAGGAUAAGGCAUUGGACCAGCUGGAACUGGCACUGGACAACACUAAAGAGAUCAUCGUCUUGGUGGGCACCUCAGGCGUGGGCAAGAGCCACACUGCGCGCAUCUUGCGGGAAAACUUUCCCUGGCCUGAGAACGUGAAGACACUUUCCUGGAGCGGUCAUCGUUCUUUGCGCCGAGUGAAGAGCAUGCUACCCGACCUCACAUUUUGCGGCCAGCAUUUGAUCCUAAUCGACAACAUGACGCCGAAGGAUGCACAAUUUGUGCCUGCCAUUAAUCAACUGAUAAAUGAGGGCGAAAAGAUCGCCAACCUCACUGAGCACCCGCACCAGAAGCAGUUGACCGUUGUGCUCAUCUUUAGCGUGAAUGGCAUGCAGGCCGGCGAGGCAUUUGAGAUGGAUAUGGUGACGCUUAGAAAUAUGCCACACAUCCAUGUGAUCACCUAUGCAACUCUGGAAUCCACCCAUCUGGUCGACUGCAUCCGCAGGGAAGCUGCCAUCGCGAUGGUGCAACUGGAAGAUGAGCACGUAGAUGAGAUAAUCCGGAGUAUCGAUGCUAGCGCCUCUGGCUGCAAGUCCGUUUUGGCCAAAGUCCUGCUUUACGGCAAACCAAUAAUCGACGAGUCUCAGGAAACCAACUAAGACCAAUCAAAUGACUGAUUCAAACGUUUCAAUUAAGUAGUUAUAUAAAUGUUUAGUAAGUUAGCACAUAUCAAAGGCAUUUUGACAAACCAGACGUGAUAAAUAGCAAAAUAGGUUAGAAAAAACUAUUAGGCUAGCAUCGGUAGCAUUUCAGCAAACAAAAUUUUAUGUUGCAAAACGUUCCUGUGUAUCGUAACUGUGAAUUGACCAUAGAAUUACUUUUCUAUUUUGGUACUAACAAGUUUGUGAAUAAUUCUGAAAUGAAAUUAGGCACAUCACAAAAUUUUUGUAACAUAAGCCGAUAUAUGACCUUGAGCUGUAAAAUGAUACCUCUAAGCCUUAGAAAUACAAAAUACAAAUACACCUAAGAAA